CCCGUCAAUGUACCGUGCCUCGCCCGUGGGGUAGUCGACCGCUAGGCCAUGCCAACGAAACGCCUAUGAAUCCAUUGCUGGUCCGACUGGGACAGCUUGAAAGUCGACGAACGAUCCAAACCUUGUGGACUUCUGGGAGCACGAAGAGGGCUCAUUGGGUGUGCGCGGAGUGUCGCGCUCAUAAGCAGCGGCGCGGCUACAGCGACGAACCGUUGAGAUGGCCGGGGUCGAAUGCAUCAGUAGAGCAAGCUGCACAAGAGGAGUCUCGUGGACCAUGGGGCCUGCAGAGGGAACGCACAAUCAGCGUGAGAAGAGUUGGGUCCGGUGAACUGCGGUCUGGCGAGCGAAAUCAGGACGAACGGGCUGCACGAGCAUCGGGCGUCGAGGCUGACUUCUUCGACCGAAACGAGGCCAGCAAUGUUGGGGCCCAGGAGACACAGCAUGGGUCGGAAGCAGCAAGCAGGGCUGAUGUCCUGUGGGAGCAGUUUGAACAAGAUCCUUCAGAGCAUUCUCUAGACACGCCGGACAUCGACGACGAAACCCCGGAGACAUCGAUACCGAAGGACUCGCUAUUGUCUGUAGACUACAAAACAGAGCUGCCAUUGGCCUUGAGCAGAAGAUCUGUGGACCUUACCAUCCGAUGCUUGUUCUCAGCAGCUCAGCAGCACGAUUUUGGAUUCCUCUCUGCGAUUCCUGCACCGAUGUUCAGCGCCAUCAUCAAUCUUGUGCAGCCCGGAGAUUUCCUGGAGCGUUUGGCGGAUGCGCAUAUGGACAUCAGCAAUGCCAUGGCAGAACACAUGCGCGUUGCCAAAAUGCGAGAAAUUGCAUUCGACUACAAUAGAGUGAUACUGCGGACACUCAAGAUUAGGCGCGUCGCAGGCCAAACCCCGAGGCUCGAGGACUACACGACACUGCUGCGCAGUGCACGCACAUUGAGGAGUUUUAGAUCGGCGAACACGGUCUGGCAAAGCAUGGUCAAGGACGGCCUUCAUCCAGAUACACAGUGCUUUAAUAACUAUAUGGCGUCCAUGGUAUGGAAUGGUUGGCAUAACGCUGGUAUGAGACGAAAGGCGCGCGUCGUUCCUUACACUAUGAAGAAGAGGGCAGCGCCGAAAACUCGCGAUACUUUCCGUUUCGGCAACUAUCGCAUUGGAAAAAGCGGCAUCAAAGAAAAGACGAUGAAGACCUUUAGUGAGAUGCUGGCCUUUGGUGCUGUUGCAGACGUGGAGAGCUUCCGGAUCCUGAUUACAGCUUGCGCGCGAGAAGGCGACAUCAAAACAGUCAACGCGAUGUUGCAUCGCGUUUGGGGAAUUGAUGUGCCAGCCAUUAUGGAAUCCAGAGAUGAGGUGUCUAUUGCACCCACCGAUUUCUCAGACAAUCCGUCGAUGCAACCGAACGAGGGCUUGCUCGCAACUCUGGCACACGCCUUUGGUGUGAACAACGACUUGCCGACAGCGUUGCGUGUAGUGGACUUCGUAGCCCGGCAUUACAGGCUUGACAUCACGCGUGAAACGUGGGACGCGCUUCUUGAAUGGACCUACGUGCUCACUGAUAAGGAUAGUCCUGGUAGACUUCCAUGGGCCAGCGUCAUCAGUCUGUGGAACACCAUGAAGGGGCCUCCAUACUCGAUCACGCCAAGCUUAGUCAUGUACAAUCUGCUAAUCUCCAACCUGGCGGACGGCAACAUGACGUUUCAAAUGAUUGACAGAAUGAAUGAAGCACUGCCGCUUGCGCAAGAGGACGAGGAGGUAGCCAGAACCGCUCGCGAUCGCUUGAUCGCCGCGUUGCAGGAGCAACAAGCAGAAGAAGUCGUGGAGCAGGUCAGGCGAGAAUGGGAGUAUGCACGAUUGAUCCAGCGACGCAACGACUUCUGGCUAAGGAACUGGAUCCGCAUGUUUCUAAUCUCGGUCAAUCAACGAAAGUCGUCGAUGUCUGCGGCCAAAGCAGAACAGUUGCUCGAAAUCCCACGCGUUCUGUGGGAGUGGCGCAGAUUCGCGAGCGACUUACCACGUUACGAAACCGCAACUGGAUUCGUCGAGAUCGAAUUGAGGGACGACGAGGAAGGACAUAACGGUGCAGCAGCAUACGCGAACAUCCUCGAGGUAAUGACGCAGCUGAAGUCGCAGAGCAGAAGAUACGUCGGUGACACAUGGAUGAUCGAUCACGAAGAGUCGGAAGAGAUCAAACGGCAUAUGGAGAAGCGACGACGGAUGCGGCGGGCGCUUAUUGCGAACGGCCACGAUCGUAAGCUCAUUGAGACUUCCAUGCCAAAGUAUUCUGCUGUUGUAGGUGAGCUGGAAGACGCGAAGUCGUUGGACUUGUAAAUACCGCUAGAAUCAAUGUAAAAACGUUUAACCUGUGC